AUGCCCAAAUCCAAGACUACUACUUCAAAGACUGGGGGUCAGCAGUACCGAAAAGAAUCGAAGGAGGAGCGAAAGGCUCGGCUGAAAAGCCAGCAAGAAGCUCGUGAGUUUUGUCAACGAGUUCUCCCUUCUAUCGGUGGACUUCUUUUAUUUCUUUUGAUUGGCUUUGCCGUCUACGUAAGGUCGGUCCCGCCUAAGGUGACAUCACAACCCAUGGCACCUACCGAUACCGCAAAUCCAAAUUUAGAGGAAUUCCAACAGCCCGUGACGAACGAAGCAUCCGAGGAAUUAAAGUCAGAAGCUAAUCUACAGGAGCCGGAAGUACGAACCAAAGAAGAGGAGACGAUUGAGUUGUAA